UGCUCACAUGCUUUAAAUGCCGAGGACGGUUCUGGGAAAAUCAAAAUUUCCUUGUAUUCAUAUCUUUCGGCAGUUGAACUGAGUGAACAUACAUUUUGCAACAUGAUUAAGAUGUUCUGAUUCAAUCUUUAUGGAAGAUAAAAAUAAAACGAAGGAAACUCCUUCAGAAAGCGAAAAAGCGGAUGACAACGCCGCCGAUUUAAGCGACGAACGCACUUCUAUUGCAAAUGCAUCGCUGAACGCUGAAUCUAACUCAAGCAGCAGUAGCAGCAGUAGCAGUAGCAGUAGCAGAAGUAGCAGCGAAGAAAUUGUUUAUCCGGGAGAGGGAUCUGAUGAUUCCUGGGCUAAUGAACACAAUGAAAACAGAAGUAAUGAUGGGCAAAACAACUCGAGACAUUGUGAUAGUGAAGCAAAAUUUGAAAAAGCCACCCAUACUGAAGAAGGCGAUCUAAUUGCUAAUGGUGGUGGAACAAAGCGUAAAAGAGAUAGUGACGGUGAAGCGAAACAUCAAAAAGUUAACAAUGGUGAAGAAAACAGUAAAGACGCAGGUGAUGAUGAAGAAAAAAAUACUCAAGUAAGCAACGGUGGAACAAAGCGUAAAAAGGCUAGCGAUUGUGGAGAAAAGCUUGAAAGAGCUAGUGAUGGAGAAGAUAACACGAUAGCCAGCGAUUCACGAGAAAAACGUAAAAAAGCUGAUAAUGGUAGAGAAAAUAACAUAGAAAUUAGCGAUAUGAUGAAAAACAUAACAAGGUAAGGAUAAUGGAGGAAAAAACAACAAUGAAAGCUGAUUGAUCCGGAACAAAGCGUAGAAAUGGUGAUGAUGGAAAGAUAAUAGAA